AUGCCUUCAAUAUCAAUGUUUGAGGAGGAUGACAUCCAAGUGCAGUAUCAUCCCAAUAGUCAGUGCCAAACACAGGUUUUUCAGUUCGAGGAUUAUGGACGUGGUCUUGGCGCCCCCACAGUAGUUCCACCGGUUGAACCUGAGCCAUGGUACCCAUUCCGAACUCAGAUCGACUGUGAAGUUGCAGAGCUUGUCCUCGAAGCAGCACUCACUCACCAGCAGACAGACCGGCUUUUCGACCUCAUUCUUGGUCCGCAUUUUGUCUUUGAUGCUGAAUGGCUUUCGAAGUUUAACGGUGACAAGUUUGUUCAGUUCAUUCACGAGCCUUGGACUGCCAACGCAUUCUGGGAGUAUCAAGUAUGCGAUACUAUUGUUUUACAGCCUCUCGCCUUCAUUCUUUAUGCGGAUAAAGCCAAAUUGUUGUCAUUUGGCCGGGCAAAAGGUUAUCCUGUCGUUGCUCGGUGCGCUAACCUUCCUGUUGCCAUUUGUAAUGGAGAAGGCUUGGGUGGUGGACAUGUAGUGGGAUGGCUACCAAUUGUGAAGGAGGACAAGAAGCACUCCGGAAAGCCAGUAUAUGUCAACUUCAAAAAUGCAGUAUGGCAUCAAUCAUUUCUGAAGAUCCUUGCCUGCCUCGCACCACUGUUGAAGUUUGGAUCUGCCGUUAAAUGCUGGGAUGACAUCAUUUGUAUCUUAAAUCCGAUCAUACUCAUACUCUCUGCAGACUACGAAGAACAGUCUGUGAUGGCAUUGAUUCAUGGUCUGAUGGGAAAAUUCCCUUGCCCUAUAUGUCUUGUGCCUCAUGAUGAGCUUUAUAAGACAUCUAAUAUCUAUCCUCUUCGCACAUCUGCAGGUGCGAAGGCAUUACGUGUUCAGGCCCGAGAGUCUACAACCUUGGAAGCGCGAGAACAAAUACUGAGCUCCGAGAGCCUUCGUGAUGUUGAUAAUUCAUUUGAUACCAUGGAGAAUACUGAUCUUAUUGUCUUUGCAGCUCAUAAUGUAUUUCGUCAAGAUCAGGAUUCAGAGGCUUAUCUUCUGCUCUGUUGUAUUCAUAGCUAUAAACAUCUUUCUGUACAUCUCUUCGAUGAUAUUGAGGCAAAAGGUGUCACCCAAAACUAUAACACAAAACCAAAUGAAACAAUGCAUGGCCCACUGAAGGAUGCUUAUCAGGAUCGUACAAACUUCAAGAACUUCACUGAGCAGGUAAGCAUUACUAUUACAACAGUCCUUAUCGCAGAAUACAUUUGUGGCAAGUUGAGCUGUCUCGAUGCGCAAAAUCUCAGCCUACUUGAGUCAGAUCUGCCUGAGAUUGAUUCAGAGACUGAACCGACGACAGAUGGGCUACAUUUCAGUCUUGGCUCACCGCAGGCAAUGCAGUCAUUUGCAGAUAUCACUGAGUACCAAUUUCUUAAAGUCAACUAUGAAUCACUCAUUGACUGGCAUACAGAAGCUAGCAUUAUCUUCACACAAUUAUUGAUGGCCUUCACCUGCAUGGUCAGAGAUGUCCAAUACCCUAUCGUGCUCACUCUCCCAUAUGAUCAACCUGUUGGUGCUCAUCCAUGGAAGGACAAAGAUUUUGACUUCUGGUGA